AUGGACUCAGGCAUGAGCGCGCAAGAUGUCCCUCUCGACUUACUUUGUAUCGGAUUUGGAGCUACCGCACUGUCAGUGGCAAUCGCUUUGCAUGAGAAGGAAGCAAUCGACAACACGAUUUUUCUCGAACUCCAGCCAGCGUCUACCUGGAUGCCAUGCUCUGGCUCUCCUUCUGGUCGCUUGAGGACAUCCUUCUUGCACGAUCUUGUCACCUCAGAAAACCCCCGGUCGAAAUUCACCUUUAUGAACUAUCUACACGCAACCAAUCGACUAGUUCUCUAUGCGAACAGUUCUCAAAUUAACCCUCCACGCGAUAUGUUCAACGACUACCUGCAAUGGUGCGCAGCCCCGUUCCAGCAACGUGUCAAAUACGGCCAGCGGGUAGCUGCGGUACAUCCUGUGCAAAAUGCCCAGGGACUUGUCGAAUGCUUCAAGGUGGUGUACGCGGAUUCAGCCACGGGGCGGCAGGAUGUAGUGACCGCAAAGCAAGUGAUCUCGGCAGUGGGAUUGCAGCCAUAUGUUCCCAGGGCUCUAGCAACUAUAGGCACGUUGGUAGGUGUGGCUCAUGCUUCAGAUUGCCCAUCGCGGAUCUCAUCGACGUUACGAACCACGAGCGGGAGGGCUCGCUUCGCGAUAAUUGGUGACGGCCAGGCCGCCGGUGAGAUAUUUGAAUACCUCCACGGGAUUCGGGGCGAGCACAAAGUGGUCUGGUUCACGCAAGAUCCGGUUUUGAGGGAAAUGGAUGAUAGUCCUUUUAUUAUGGACAACACCAAGAGACCAGAGUCUAAGAUAGGGCAAACCUUACCACUGGAGUUGAGGAGGAGAGCCAUUGGCGAGGGCUAUAGUGCACAGACAUCGUCGGCAAUUGACCGCCACCUCCUGAAAAGCAUCUAUGACAUACAGUACACCGAAAGUGUAAAGUGUAUUGACACCACUAAGUGGAAAUGCCAAAUCAGAUUUCAACACCGAUUGACGAAGGCGGAGAAGACUGCGAGCGGACAGAUUCAGCUCUUAUGUCAGCCAAUUGAGUACGAAGACGACCAACAAGUCAUUGAUGUAUUUGACUUGGUCAUUGCUGCGACGGGCUACGAACGAACUGAGUACAAGAAGAUCAUGGAGCCUUUGCUACAGCUGCUUGACGGCCGCCAGAUCACCGUGAACCAGGAUUACCAGGUAAAUUUCCGGUCUGGAUCUUUCAGCGCGGGAUGUGGUCUAUGGCUCUUAGGGGCAAUAGAAGGAGAGGAUGUGAGUGCUCGGCCUCCUGUUGCUGUAAGUAACUAA